AUGGAGAAGGAGAAGUGUCCACAAGGGAUCUGUGAGAUCACCAGGAGCCGGGAAGCCAAGGUCCAUUCCAGAUGCUAUAUGGCCUAUCUGAAAAUACAACAUGGAAAAUAUACUAAGAAAUGCGGAUGGUUCCUGGUGAAGCCAAACUUGGUGCUGACAGCUGCUCAUGGCAAGGGAGACGAGAUCACUGUCACUCUGGGAGCACAUAACAUUAGUAAACCAGAACGGAGCCAACAGAAAAUCCCCGCGCGCUGCCAGGUCCCCCACCUGCAAUAUGACAAGAAGACCCUUAACAGUGUUAUCAUGCUGCUGAAUCUGUCACACAGCGCAGUGCGGAAUAACUGGGUGUGGCUCAUCCCUCUGCCAAAGACCAAGACUAGGGUGAGGCCAGGAUCCACUUGCAGGGUGGCUGGGUGGGGUCGGACUGGCUGGAACUGAAGAACUGACAUGGUCUGUGAGGUGGACCUGGAGGUCAUUAAGAACAUGUGUGAGCUGAUACAACCGCCCAGUGAUGCUGUGUGGGGGAAGCCUGGCUUUGAGAAAUUACCUUAUCGGAGUGAUUCUGGUGACCCAUUGGUAGGAGUAGUCCAGGGCAUUGCUUCCAAUGUUGUGAAUUUCUACAAACCAAGUGUGUUCACAAGACUUUCCAAAUUCAUCCCCUGGAUCCAGAACAUUCUGCAGAACCAGCAUUAA